AUGACUAUGGAGAUAUCACUUGCAGAAGGUUCUGUUUCUUACGCACUCCGUUUUCCUCCUCCCUCCGUCCCCAUAGUCCGUUCCAUGCCAGCAGGCUGGCGGACAGACGCCGUCCGAGUUAGCCUUCGUCCCUACCAGCAGCACAUCAGCCACACUGCGCGUGUCCCCACAGGCCGCCUUCCCCUGCGGUCGGUUGUCCCUAAGACUUCAGGUGUUCCGCUCUUCCUCGCCAGCCACACCGCUCUCGCCCCCACAGGCCGCGUUCCUCCAUCUCUCCCUUGGUCCCUUGGCCGUCCCUUGUCGUUCAGCCUCGUUGCUACUCCUAAGCCUCCCCUCGUUGCUUUCCCGCAGGUUGUGCUCCUAAGUUUUCUUCUCUUCUUCCGCCGCCUCUGCUCGCGCUCCUGUCAACCCCCCCGUCCAGGCUGCUUUGAUGUGCCGCUCUUCUUGCCCUCACUCUCCCUGCGUCAUCCCUACCCGCCCUGCGCCAUCUCUACCUGCGUCUUCUCCCCGCCCGCGCUCUUCGUGUGUUUGCUUCUAACACCUCCGUCACCUCGGUCUGCACGUGUCUACUUCCCUCUGCUCGUCUUCUUCUGCUUACGUGUCUACUUCCGUCUACGUGUCUACCUCCGUCUACUCGUCCGGCCACUCGUCUACUGCCGUCUACGUGUUUACUACUGUCUACGCGUCUACUACCGUCUACACGUCUACUGCCAUCUACACGUCUGCUGUCGUCUACACGUCUGCUGUCGUCUACACGUCUACUGCCGUCUACACGUCUACUGCCGUCUACACGUCUACUGCCGUCUAUACGUCUACUGCCGUCUACACGUCUACUGCCGUCUACACGUCUACUGCCGUCUACACGUCUACUGCCGUCUACACGUCUACUGCCUGUCGCCCUUCGUUCCGAGGCAGGGAGAGAGCGUGCUGGGAAGAGGGUAG